AUGCCCGCCUCAGCAAAGCGCUCUCAGCGCACUCGUCGCGACACUCGCCGCGAUACCUCCCCCGCAAGAUUAGAAGACAGCUCCCCAACUCGGCCAGCAAAGCGCAGAAAGAAGGUCGAUGACCCUCCGCCUACCGAGCCCGCCGACGAUGACGAAUCCAACCUCACUGCCGACCAGUCGGCUCAGCCUGUUAGCGACGAUGAUCAGCUGCUCGCGCAAGUAGUUCAGCACUUUCAAAUUCCCAAGGAGGGCGCGCCCCAAGCCAGCAAGGAUCAUGCGAACUCGAUACACGAAGCCAAUGGCAGCGGUGUUCAGGCCUACGCCAAGAUCGCGGCCCAGGACUGGACUUUCUACAUCACAAAACUGAUCGUCAAUAUUGGACGCCCAUCCGAGGGCGUCACCGAGGACGACGAAGACUUCAUUCACAUCGAUCUCGGCCCGAGCAAGAUGAUCUCUCGACAGCACGCCCGUAUUUACUUCAGCUCCAAGGAAGAAAUCUGGUUCCUUGAGGUCAAGGGAAGAAAUGGUGUCAAGGUUAACAAUGUCCCCAUGAAGCAAAAGAGUCUGAGGCGUCUAGAGGGUGGUGAGGUUUUAGAAGCCGGUGGCACGGAGAUGAUCUUCGUUCUUCCAACCGAAAUCAGCCCCUUACACAUCGAUCCUCUCUACCUCAAGAGGGCUGGAUUAUCGCGUCAACAGAUGACGAGUCCUCAACCGAGAAUGGAUCUGCCGGAUGAGCCAUCGUCAGCCCUAGGCUCGACCAUUAGAAGUUCUCGUGGCUCCCAAUUUCGCCAACCGAUUGCGCCGGCUCCGGCAGACUACAAGCGGCCCGGAACCCCUCCUUCUGCCAUCCGCGGCAAGCCUACGCCGUCGCAACACAAGUCACCACACUACUCAAGCUCAGGCACUCUGCUAAUGAACCCCACCAACGACAUUGAUCUCAGCCUUGACGAGAACAAACACAUCAAGCCUCAGUACAGCUAUGCGCAAAUGAUCACCCAGGCAAUCAUCAAUACGCCCGAAAGGAAGCUGAAUCUCAAUGGUAUCUACAACUUCAUCAUGAACAACUAUGCAUAUUAUAAACACCAGCAGGCUGCUGGUUGGCAAAAUUCGAUUCGCCACAAUUUGUCGUUGAAUAAGGCCUUUGACAAGGUUGCCAGGUCGACAGACGAGCCUGGGAAGGGCAUGAAAUGGCAGAUUGUCCCAGAGGCCCGGGAAGAGAUGACCCGAAGCGCAUAUAAGGGCGGGAGAGGCGGCCACAGAGGCUCUUCCGCGCCAUCAUCACCCAACAACCAGCUCAACUACAUUACACAUGGACCGAGGGACGUGAAUGCCAGAGAGCCGGCGUCGGCGCGGAAGAGGAAGGUAUCCGUAACAGGAUCACCUCCGAGCUCCUCAUUAGCCGCCGUGCAAUCGACUCCAGAUCGCAGCACACGCCGCCUUGCCCCUCCGAGCACUGCGAUGACCAUUGAUGGCAGCCCUCUACCGAGGCCGCGAAAGGGCGGUACAUCUGCAUCCAACAGCUUUCCCUCCACCAGCUACCACGAUCAAUCACCCACACUCACCUCAUCCUACCUACCAGACGAGGGCGCGUCUUUCGUUACGCCGGCCCCUCACCGUGUUCAUCCCCGACUGGCGCCGCCAAGCACCGCACAGCGGCCCAGCCAGCACAUGCCGACCAGUUCACCAGCGCCCUUCUGGAAAUAUGCAGAUAUCGGCAGCACCCCUUUGAAGCCUGCUGCUCAUUUCGACAUGAGUCCAUCUAAGCCGUCUUUGGGCGGCAUACCGCAAAGUAGCAGUCCACCUCCUGCGAAGUCACCAAAUCUUAGCCCUACAAGGUCACAACACAAGGAAUCAUCACGGGAGGCGCCGAGUGAGCCGUCGAACCCACCCGAAAUUGAAGAAGACCAAGGUUUCGAUUUAGCAAAGGGGUUCCAAAGUAUUGGGUCAUAUCACGCACCUGUUGGCCGGGGAUUGUCAGUAGCUAGCGCCAUGAACGGCCACUCUUGA